GAAACUGUAACCUUAUGCUCUCCUCAAAGCUCAAGAAGUAAUCCCGUUUACCAAUGGCCAUUCUAGACGAGGAUACUCUGGCCAUUGUGGUCUCCUAUCUCACCGCCAGUGAUGCGCGCUCGCUUUCUGCCACUGCUAGACAGUUCCAUCCAGUAGCGAGGCGCAAGGUGCUCGCCACACUUGAGUUGAAGGAGCCCAAGCGGGCCCACGGAAACCUAGAUUUCAGGCUUGCCGACGGACCUAACCGAGCAUACUGGCUUCGAGAGCUCAAAGUGAACAUCUCUAAUCUAAAUGCGAUCAUUGAGCUUGCCCCCAAACUGGCUCGAUUAUUCGAACAUGCCCAUAUCCUUCGAUCUAUCUAUCUGAGCUCUGCGGAGGCUUGGAUAUACACGGAACCGCACCCGCUGGAGCAGCUUGAGGGAGUGGACGACCUCGAGCUAUAUGGGUACGACCACCGAACGCUCGGCAUGAUCCAGCGGAUGGCCAGCAAGCCUCGCCGGCUCGUCCUCAGGGAGCAGCAGCCCCGUUUCAAUUCCAUCGCGACCACGACAACCCGCGUUGACUUUACGCACAUCAUGCAGAGCCUCGCGCCGCAGCAAGCCCUGCGGACGCUCACGCUCGAGAUGGGGGGAGGAGUAGCCGGUGCACGGCUGCCCGAUGUGGGUACCCAGUGGCCGAGCGUCACGCACCUCGACCUCUCCGCGCGCGUGGACAAUGCACCGGACCUCGACGAGCUUGUACACAUGUUCCCGCGCCUGCGCAGCAUCCGCUUCAGGGCGCCUAACGUACCUAGCUAUGCGCUUAGCCAUUCACCUGGUCCGAGCCGGACGUGCUGGGAAGUGCUUGACUACGUGCACGGGACGAUCGUGCAGAUGCGCUUCUGGAGUGUUGCAUGCCCUGUGCAUCACCUGAACACCUGGAUAUACAUCCCACUGCGCGACGGGAGUAGCACCGAACAUCGCGUUGCGCUGUCAGCAGAGCCGACGCUCGAGGUGUUACGGCGUACGAGCCCUGUCGUGCUGACUGUCGACAGAUACACGGCGAUCCGUAACUUUGGCACGGACGAGGAUCAGUGGAGGGGUGUGCUGGAGGCCACGCCGCGGCUCCGUGUCCUUACUAUGGCCUUGACUAACUUCACUCUGUCAGGGGUAGAAGAGUGGCUUGUACGCAUGCACGCAAUCAGGUCAAAUGCAAGUACUGACACCGAUCACGUCUACUCUGUAUGCUCCUUUGGCUGGGGGACGACGAGGAUCACAGUCCAGAUGCCGUGGCAACUCGCAUCGCAGACGUAA